AUGUUAUAUUCGUAUACAAUGUCAUCUUUUCUGUGUUUUAUCUCAUUUCUAUUGAUUAUCUCAUGUUAUGCGGGUAUUCUACCUACAGGAACACAAAAUGAUCAUAAAGCUCGAGUACUUGAUCUGCCACUCAGUCAGCAAGAACAUUUUACUGAUCUGAAUAAUGAUAAAAAAGUCGAACAUAACACUGAAUAUGAUCAUGAAGCAUUUUUAGGCACUGAAGAAGCGAAAAAUUUUGAUAAACUACCUGUAGAAGAAAGUAAAAAGCGUCUUGGCGCUCUAUUUGAUCGUAUUGACAAGGAUCACAAUGGUACAAUUACAAAGCAAGAAUUAAAAGACUGGAUCAAAUCUGUUCAAACACGUUACAUCAGCGAUGAUGUUCAAAAACAAUGGAUACAAAUGAACAAUGACUCAAAUAAUGAAAUCUCGUGGAAUGAAUACGAUAAAACAACCUAUUAUGCUUUGUAUGAUGACGUACCUGAACCGAAGACAGUUACCGAUCAAUAUCUGCGAUUGCAAAAGAAAGAUCGAAGACGAUUUACAAAAGCCGAUGAAGAUGGUAAUGGAAAUUUAAACAAGCGUGAAUUCGCCGAUUUCAUUCAUCCCGAGCAGAGUUCUCGCAUGAAAGAUCUCGUUAUUACCGAGACAAUCGAAGAUAUAGAUAGGAAUGGUGAUGGAAUGAUUUCUCUCGAAGAGUUCAUUAGUGACAUAUGGGAUAGUAAACAAGCUAACGAUACAACUGAACCCGAUUGGGUGAAGAUCGAAAGGGAAAACUUUCGAAAAUAUCGGGAUCUUGAUCAUGACGGGAAAAUGAACCGAAAGGAAGUUGAACUCUGGCUAAUGCCGACUGAUUAUGAUAAUAUUCAAGCUGAAACCGAACAUCUCUUUCAUGAAGCUGAUGCAGAUCAAGAUGAUCAAUUGAGUAAAGAAGAAAUUCUCGAGAAACACGAUGUGUUCGUUGGCAGCCAAGCAACUGAUUGGGGUGCUGAAUUAAGAAUUCACAAUGAUCUUUAA